CACUGCAAUCAGCUGUUACCUGGCCAACGCGAUUUUUGGCCUGCACUUUGAACCCCGAGGUUUCGUGCGAAUAAAGAUACGGAAUUGAGUGCGCCUGUCCGCAUUCCCGCCGUCCCGCUCCGCCAUCCAAGUGCCCAUCGCAUUUUCGGUUCAGAAUCCCGCGGACCUCGCUGCCGUGCACAUCGCAUCGCAUUUCCACAGCUGCGUUUUUCAGCAUUUUCGUUCGCUCUCUCUCCGGUUUUUCUCAGCGCGCCCCUCUCCAAAGUUCCAUUGAUAAGCAGGACUAACGCCGCGCCUGCUCCGCCCCCUGCCGCCCACUCCGCCCGACGCUUUUCGGAAAGUGCAAAGCAAAGCAAAGCCAAGCAGAAGCGAAUCAAUCAAUUAAGAUAGUACGCCGAAUAGUGCAGUGCGUGUGUUAAUUAAUUUUGGUUGCCAUUUCGCACAUUCUGUGUUUAUUAAUAAGCAGUGCAUAGUUUCCGGCGGAAAAGGGCAACUUUCCGUUCAUUUUCGAGCUUCCGUUUGGCGGCCAAUUAGCAGGAGGUCGACAAAGAGAACCAACCAGGGAAAAGGAUCAGCCAACAUGACGCACUGGGAGGACUUCUACAACACGCACCUGCCGCCCGCGGACUUCGAGGACAAUCGCUCCCUGCUCAAGGAGUUCUGCGAGCGGCACAACAAGCUGCAGAACCGCAUCGUCCUCGUCACGUCCGGUGGUACAACAGUUCCCCUGGAGCACAACACGGUGCGGUUUGUGGACAAUUUUAGUGCUGGAACACGCGGCUCCGCCUCAGCGGAAUACUUCCUCGACCACGACUACGCCGUGAUUUUCAUGCACCGCCACAAGUCGCUGGAGCCCUUCACGCGCCACUUCACCGGCCAGCAGUUCUUCGACAUGCUGGACAUCGCGGACAACAGCCAGAGCUCGACGAUAGCCAUCAAGCCGGACUCGGUGGACGUGUUUGCUCCGGUGCUGGCCAAGUACAAGAUAGCCCGCGAAACGCAGAUGAUCCUGUACGUGAACUUCACCAGCGUGGUGGACUACAUGUGGCUGCUCCGUGCCGCCUGCGAGUGCCUGGCCGCCUUUGAGGAGCGGGCCGUGCUCUACCUAGCAGCUGCCGUAUCAGAUUUCUACAUACCCGAGGACAUGAUGCCCACCCACAAAAUGCAAUCAGGAGAUGGAGCGCCGACGAUUUCGCUUCAGCUGGUGCCAAAAAUGCUGGCCCCCCUCGCCAGCUUGUGGGUCCCACACGCCUUUGUGGUGUCCUUUAAGCUGGAAACGGACGAGAGCCUAUUGAUUGUGAAGGCACGUGACAGCCUCAACAAAUACAAGCACAAGCUGGUCAUUGCCAAUGUGCUGCAGACACGCAAGCAUCGCGUGGUGUUCGUCACGCCCACAGAUUCCUACGAGCUGCAUUUGACUCGCGAGCAGACGCUGCAAGGACUCGAGAUCGAGGAGCCCAUCGUGGCCGACGUGGUGCAAAAGCACGGCGAGUUCAUCAGCAACGCUCAACAGCGUCAAUGACCGUUAUCGAUGCGCCGGAGGCCACAGACGCAGCAUCAACAUCACCAACAACUGGCCACCGGUGACGAGGACGAGGAUGGCGGCGAUCUGGAUCGGGAUCCGUACUGCGUGACCAGCUCGCAUUAUUGCCGCGUUCUGAACCCGGGCACGCCAGGCUUUGCCCGCAAAUAUUGAGCAGGUUAUAGUCCAUAUUGUAUACUGGAAUGUGGAUGACAGACAUUUACAUUCGCUUAUUCCUUGCCGUUUGGUUUUGAGUUCCCGCCACAAUUUAUCUAUUUAUGGUCGCGCCUCAUAAUUGAGGUGGCACCGCUCCAUUAGUCCAUUCUCCUGUUGUUAUUUUUUUAUUAGUUAAUGUAUUUCCCUCAUUGUUGUCCCGAGAAAUGAUGUCACUUGUAUGUAUUCGCCGUUGCCUGGGCUCCUUUUCUUAUCUUCCUUUGUUUGCCGGCACGUUUAUGUCAUCGAGUAUACGCAGCGUGUUGCGCAGACAUCAAUAA